GGACGAUACGAGGAACGACCUGCCGGAAUCAUUCUUUUUCCGCUCCGGAAAUCCCUCGUCACAAUAUCACGUGCUUGAAGAGCCAAGCACUCGGGUAAGUUACUUCUUCAGUCUGAUGGAUCCACAGGCGUGGCUAGAGCCAGAAUUUCCUGAAGACCCCUCGACGGACAACAAAAAGCCUGCGUCUUCCUUCCCCAGAACCUCUUCUCAGCCUCUCUUUGCGACUACUCUCUUCUGUUUCCCGUUCUCCGCCAUAACCUUCCGCGCAGUCAUUCAAAAUGAUCAUCUACAGGGAUAUCAUCAGCGGAGAUGAGAUCUGCUCCGAUACCAACAAGAUCAUCGAUGCCGGCAAUGGCUUGUGGGAGAUCGAUGGCAAGAUGAUCAAGAAGGGUGCCGAGAACUUCGUUCUUGAUGGUGCCAACCCAUCAGCUGAAGGCGAAGACGCCGAUGAUGGUGGAGAUGACGCCGGUGACAACCAGCCAGUCCUCGAUCUUGCCGACCAAUUCAGACUGCAGAAGAUGGAGGGUGGUAUGAGCAAGAAGUCUUACCAGAGUGAACUCAAGAAAUACAUGAAGGCUCUCACCGAGAAGCUGAAGGAAACAGGUAGCUCCGAGGAAGACAUCAAGAAGUUCCAAUCUGAGGCACCUGCUGCGGCCAAGAAGAUCCUAGGUAACUGGGACAACUACGACAUCUACCAGGGUGAAUCCAUGGCAGAGAACAGCAUGUACGUGCUGGUUGACUUCCGCGAGGACGGCAUGACUCCCUACAUCACCGUCUGGAAGUGGGGUUUGGAGGAGUACAAGGUGUAGAACGCAUGUUGUGUCAACCCGAUUGCGACACCAUCAAAAGACACCGUCGAGACGACCUGACGAGCAUGGCAGAUGCUGAAUGAUAGCAUUUCCUGGAGCAAGCAUAUUGUGAAAAUUAGAAUAUGCACCUUUCCGACGCAUGCAGACAGCAUUGCAAUCGCAGUAUUGGCUCGCUACUAGUCGCCUUAUUCGGGAACAUGAACAUCGGUACGCCUACCAUCGGCCAGAUGCGUGCAUGUAGAGGUCGAAGCGCAUAGGCACGAUUCACCCUCAUAUUCUGCCGCUGAGUGAUGAUUGUGACCAAGGUCCUGUGCAACAGCCAGUGGGUGAUGAUUAUUCGUAGCAUUUGGCAAGGGUUGACGUCGGUACUGUCCAGAUUUCAGUGCCUAGAAUGAAUUGCUGUUCCGUGUUGAUCGCCAGGUCUGGU